AUGGAUGCUCUUUAUGUUCCUCAAAGAAGAUCACGACGCUUUGUCAAAAAAGCAACAAAUCUACAUCAUUUUCGUGUUGAAAUAUUUUUGGGGGAAAUUGAUUUGCAUCUUCAAGAGCUUGAUAAUCGAUUCAGUGAGAGAAGCAUGGAGUUACUUACUUGUAUGGCUUGCUUAAGUCCUAAAGAUAACUUCUCAUCGUUUGACAAAGAAAAGGUACUCAAACUUGCCUCUUAUUAUCCCGAAGAAUUUUCAAGUUUUGAUUUGAUGACACUUGAAGGUCAACUUGAUAUAUUCAUGGAAAAUAUGCACAAUGAUGAGAGAUUUCAAAAUUUGCGUGAUCUUAACUCUCUUUCCAUGAUGCUUGUUAAUACCAAGAAGGAUAAGACAUAUCCUCUUGUAUAUUUGCUUAUCAAGUUGAUGUUGAUUCUCCCCGUUGCUACGGCAAGUGUUGAAAGAGUAUUCUCCGCAAUGACAUAUGUCAAAAGUAAGUUGCGAAAUAGCAUGGGUGACCAAUUUAUGAAUGAUUGUUUGGUCACUUUUAUUGAGAAGAAAGUGUUCUUACAAGUUCCUGAUGAAAAAAUCAUUGAUCGUUUUCAAAAUAUGAAGACUCGAAGGAUGCAAUUAUAA